AGGACGCGUCUCCUCUUCCAUCCUUCUUUGCUUGCUUCCACUCUCUAUUUUCCACGCUUUCACUGUCUUUUACCUCUACCUAGUGCUCGGGUUUCCGUUCAAGUCGGGAAGAAUUCAGUUGUGUUUGUGUACCCGAUCUUCCGUCUUCAACCACAGUCGAGGCCCCGACAACGAAAUCCUGGGCUUGCUGUCUACUACCAUCAUCUCUUUUCGCCCGACGACAACCAUUCCUCACACGACCGAGGUCUGUUGAUAUUCAUUUUGACAUUGGAUAGGCCCAAGGACCUAUCGACCGAGGAUCAUUGGUGCUUUGUCGGCUUAUCUGUACACUUUGUACCUACCAAAACACACCGGUCACCCCGUAUCCCGCAAACACACCCAUGUCCGACGAGGAUAUUUACGAUGCCUCCCCUCCGCGAGCCAGAAACCUGGAGGUGAGGAACAAGGGCAAACGGGUCUCAGACAGCCAUGAAGGCCCCUCGGCAACAAGGCGGCGUAUCAGGGACCCAUCGCCGCCCAACCCGGAUGCAAACGGCGACCUGGACGAGUAUGAUCCUGCCCAGUCCAUGCAGGAGCGGCGGCAGAUCCAGAGGAAGCUGCGAGAUAUGCAGAGGGAAAUGAGAGAGAACCCCGACCAGUUCAUGCAGGACAAGUCCUCGGACGCCUUGAUCAACUAUUUCGACCAGUCAGACACUAUUAUGCGCGAUGUGAAGCAGACCAACGAGGCCACCAUUGAUUCUCGCGGUCUAGUCUUCGCUGCCGACUUGUCCGCUCGCAGGGUCCAACGGCUAACAUCGGGCAACAUUGGCAAUGGCAUUGAUGUCGACGAAUUUGUCUCAAAAUGCAUCACCUAUAUGCGUCAUGGCCGCGGCUUCGAGGACGACGACGCCCCGGAACUUACCAGCACACAACGUCACAGGAGACGACGGCCUGGCCGUGCUGCUGCCGAUACUGAAGAUGAGGAGGAUAUGGGGGACGAAGGCGAUAUGUUGAACUGGCCACACCUGGGCCGUUAUGCUGCCGUUCCCAGCGUACGCAGACCAGCUCUGCCUGGCUUCCUCUCGGGCCCUCUGUCCAUCGAAAAGAAAGUCCGAAGAAUGACGCAGCGCAACGCUCCCUUCAAGAUCAACAGCCUUAUCGAGGUGAGACCGCAGGAGUUGAGGGCCGAGGACUUGAAAAAGUCCGAUAAGAACGACCUUCCAUCCAUUUGUAAGAACAUUCUGGAGCAACUGGAGAACAAACAGAAUGCUGCGCAAGAUGCCGUGGAAUCCCUCCUCAAUAACGGUGAGGUGGACGAUCCCGAGCAAGAAUUCCUCAUCAUGGAGAAAUACGCGCUGCAUUCCUCAGGAGGCAUUGACCUUCUACGCUUCGUCAUUAAUCCCCGCUCAUUCGGUCAAACCGUUGAAAACAUGUUCUACGUGAGCUUUCUGCUACGAGAAGGGGGCCUCAAACUGGAGUUUGACUCAUAUGGUCGUCCAUCUCUAUCCGCCCAUGUCCACGCAGACGAGCACGAAAAGGCUCAAGGAAGACACGGCACUACUAGACAUCAGGCUAUCAUGUCGAUCGAUAUGGAUAUCUGGAAAGACAUCAUAGACGCUUACAACAUCAAAGAACCCAUGAUUGAUCACCGAGAGGAGGAAAGCCAGCAAGGCCCAGGGGCGCAAGGAUGGUAUAGCUAAAAGAGACUAUUGGCUAUGUUGGAUUUGUGGAGGUGAGGAAGGAGUGUCCCAACACCUCCUGCGGUAUGUUGUUCACCCAAAGCCAUCGUCCCUAAGCCGUGUCUUUGUCUACCUGUACCCAAUAAUGGCGAUUGAUCGAGAUAUUCACGAGGAUUGUAAGUAAGUUACGGAGUGUACCGCGCCGUGCGGACCUCAGCCAUGUUUGGCAACCUUAUCACAGCAGGGGCAGAACUAGAAGCAGCAGCGAGCUGCACAGUGUGUCUGCUGUUAAGGAUGAGAAGCUUCAGAUUCGCGGACAAAGGUCUGGGAUCAUUCAGUAACAGCCCACUUCGAAAAUGUAGCAAUACGGGAAGGCCUCGAGGCUUGAAUGGAUUCAUCUAGGCUGUGACACCAAAGAGAAUUGAGCCCCAAAUGGCCGCCUAAAUCAACGACGGGCGUGCCGUUUCUUUGUCAGUGCUCUCGCCCACGUUCGAUUCUUC